CCGGGGGCUAGUGCGCCUGCGUGCGCGGAGCGUGCGCUUGGGGGCGGGGGAGUGGGCGGUAUCUUAGCAGGGCGUGUCCCGGGCAGUGAGUGUCCCUGCCGACUCCGCGUUCUCCUGCCCGCGCCGCACGGCCCCGCCCGCAGCACCCACCGGCCAUGUCCAAGUCCCUGAAGAAGAUCGUGGAGGAGAGUAGGGAGAAGAACCAGCCCGAGGUGGACAUGUGUGACCGGGGCAUCUCUAACAUGCUGGACGUCUCUGGCCUGUUCACUCUGUCCCACAUCACACAGCUGGUUCUCAGUCACAACAAGCUCACAACUGUGCCACCAAACAUUGCAGAUCUGAAGAAUUUAGAAGUGCUUAACUUUUUCAACAACCAGAUUGAGGAGCUGCCUACGCAGAUAAGCAGCCUUCAGAAGCUCAAACACCUGAACCUUGGCAUGAACAGGUUAAAUACCUUGCCUAGAGGAUUUGGAUCUUUACCAGCUCUGGAGGUUCUUGACUUGACUUAUAACAACUUAAAUGAAAAUUCCCUGUCUGGAAACUUCUUCUAUCUGACCACCCUGCGUGCACUCUAUCUAAGUGACAACGAUUUUGAAAUCCUGCCGCCAGAUAUUGGGAAGCUCACAAAGUUGCAGAUACUGAGCCUUAGGGACAAUGACCUGAUAUCACUGCCUAAAGAAAUUGGUGAACUCACUCAACUUAAGGAACUUCAUAUCCAGGGAAACCGUCUUACAGUGCUGCCCCCAGAACUAGGUAAUUUGGAUUUGACUGGUCAAAAGCAAGUCUUCAAAGCAGAGAAUAAUCCCUGGGUUACCCCUAUAGCAGAUCAGUUCCAGCUGGGAGUGUCUCAUGUUUUUGAAUAUAUUCGUUCAGAAACAUAUAAGUAUCUCUAUGGCAGACACAUGCAGGCAAACCCCGAACCUCCAAAGAAGAACAAUGAUAAGUCAAAGAAGAUCAGUCGUAAACCUCUGGCAGCAAAGAACAAAUAAGUCACUGGCAUGUGCCAGCGUUUUUAAGGCUUUUUUUCUUCUUUUUUUCCUGCAUGUGCCUAAAAUAUUUCUAAAUGUUUACUGAAGAAAUGCUGUUACUCAUUUUAUAAGAAAGCAAAGACUCUCUUCAAUCAACACCAAUCUGCCAAAUGCACUGCUUUUAAGACCUUGCUUAAG